GUCACUGUCAACGAAUAUAUCACUUGACUGAAACGACAGCGAAGUGAGGUCACUUCCACAAAACCCUCUGCCAUAAUACAUUUGUUGAUCUUCGGGCAGUAGCUGUAGUGGCCGCAGCGGACUAAUGCGGCUCCCGCUCUGAAAUGUAUCUUUAUCAAGAACGGGUCUGGGUAAAAGUCGGAUCUAAAUGGAUGCGCAUGAAUUUACACUGAAACGAAAUAAAACCACGCAGUUUCUUCCACUCCGAGCCUUACACAUCAAGAGCCGAACUAAAUCUGGAAGCUCAGGGACGCCUCCAGGUUGAAGCACGGUACAUCCGCUUCCGGUCUCUGGGAAGCAGGAAGAGGCGGGGUGGCGACUGCGCAGAUCGACGUGGGUGGCUUGCCGCGGUCGAACCGGAUACACGCCGUUGGUCCUGGAACCCAGAGAAGAGCUCCAGAGAGCGGGGCCCUCAAAGCGGCAGGAUGCCUGGACUAAGUUGUAGGUUUUACCAGCAUAAAUUUCCAGAAGUUGAAGAUGUUGUCAUGGUCAAUGUUCGGUCCAUUGCAGAAAUGGGAGCCUAUGUUAGCCUCUUGGAAUACAACAAUAUUGAAGGCAUGAUUCUGCUCAGUGAGUUGUCCAGGAGGCGUAUCCGUUCUAUAAACAAACUGAUCCGAAUAGGCAGAAAUGAAUGUGUCGUCGUCAUAAGGGUUGAUAAAGAAAAAGGCUAUAUCGACUUGUCAAAAAGAAGAGUUUCCCCAGAGGAGGCAAUUAAAUGUGAAGACAAAUUCACCAAAUCAAAAACUGUUUAUAGUAUCCUUCGCCAUGUUGCUGAAGUUUUGGAAUACACAAAGGAUGAGCAGCUGGAGAGCCUGUUCCAGAGAACUGCUUGGGUGUUUGAUGACAAAUAUAAAAGGCCUGGAUAUGGUGCCUACGAUGCCUUCAAGCAUGCAGUUUCGGAUCCCGCCAUCCUUGAUGGGCUAGACUUGACAGAAGAUGAGAAGCGUGUGCUAAUUGACAAUAUUAAUAGGCGUCUUACUCCACAAGCAGUCAAAAUUCGAGCUGAUAUUGAAGUUGCCUGCUAUGGUUAUGAGGGUAUUGAUGCAGUGAAAGAAGCUCUGAGAGCUGGCCUGAGCUGUUCUACAGAGAGCAUGCCCAUCAAAAUAAAUUUGAUAGCUCCUCCACGAUACGUUAUGACUACUACAACACUGGAGAGGACUGAAGGUCUUUCUGUCCUCAGCCAAGCCAUGGCUGUCAUCAAGGAGAAGAUUGAAGAGAAGAGGGGAGUGUUCAAUGUGCAGAUGGAACCCAAAGUCGUCACUGAUACUGAUGAAACUGAGCUUGCAAGACAGCUGGAAAGGCUGGAGCGUGAAAAUGCUGAAGUGGAUGGAGAUGAUGAUGCUGAGGAGAUGGAGGCAAAAACUGAAGACUAACUGGCUUAGGAGGAACAGAGGGUGGCAAGUUAUAGAUGCCACCACACCAGUGAAGACACCUUGAUUCGCAAAAUGGCUGGUAUGGAAAACUCCGAAAGAAAUGACUUGGAAAACACUUUCAAGUUUUAAUGAGACCAAAUUUUGAAGAAAUAAGAAAUUAUCUGCUGCAACUUGGGCUGACUUCCUUAAAAGCAAGGUGCCUUUCCUCUGAGGACUUAAUACCCACUUCCAGAUGAAGUAUUGGGCUCAAGGCCUUGCUUAAUAUUUUCAUAUCUAACAACUCUUGAUUGGCAAUUCUUUAGUAAGUCUGUCACUGAAGAUUCUGGGAAUUGUCCCAGUAUUCCUACACAGACUGUACUGAAGCAAAUAUUCAAUAAAUU